AUAGACCUCUGGUACAUCAGCAAGAACCCGGCACUAGCUCCGAUCACACCUGUCAAUCGCAUGAUUGGCGCGAAUCCUCCUCUGCCCACCAAGGAUGGUGAUACUUUCUCCAUCACCAGCAUAGCUGCUGGCCCCGCCGCCGCGGCCGCAGCUCCUACAGCAUAAUCCGAAGUUCGCGCAUAUUUGAGAACUCUUUUGAUAUGUCUGAGCCCUAAUUAGUAAUGUUCUUCCAUCGGUCAUUCGUGUUCGUAGAGGGGAGCUUACGGGUCACUGUCGAUGAGCUAUGAAGGGAUUAGCUUUUGCGCAUCACAACUGGCGAUGGAUCAAGCAGGAAACUUACAGGAAAAUCGGCUUGAACCUUCUUGGUUGGUACAUAAGGCUUCUGAUCGGUGUUGGACAUCCUGACAACCCAAUUGCUGGGGCAAUUGCUUUUAGAUGCUGUUUUGGAGUUUCGAUUUCCUCAGAUGUCGUUGCUGACCAUCUCAAGGCUUGGCGCAAUGAUACGGUGACCGAAAUCAGCCGAAGAUGCAAGACCAUCCAGUCGCGUCUUCUUGGAUUUUCGACGCGAAGUCGUGUAGAGGGGAAUUACACGGGACACCAGACACAACAAUUGAACAACUUUCGGUGUGGACCAGUUGACUGAACGAUUAUAAAAUUGCAAACCCUUCUCAGUACAGCGUUCAACUACAAGAAUGGCUUCCCCAAGACCAGUUCCGACGGACGACCUAGAUGAUCUGUUUGAUUAUGAUGGCGGCGCCGACGAUCCAUUUAGCCCAAAUUAUGUGAGCGAAGUGGCUAGGAAAGCAAAAGAAGACAAUGCCGCCAAAGAAAAGAGCUCUGCUGCUGGACUGGGUAUUGAUGAGGAAAUUGAAGUGACAAGGAAACCAAGAGCUCCGCGAGUCAAACUCGACGAGCAUAGAUUACUUUCUGCAGCUGGCAUACCAAAGUUACGGAAGAAGGCGAAGAACCAUCUGAAAUUUAAGGGAAAGGGUCAUGAGGUAAGAUUGUUCUCGUUUAACAAUUGAGCCAUACUAAUUUUGGUGAUUAGUUCUCUGAUGCUACGAGACUUCUUCAAUUCUACCAAUUAUGGCUCGAUGACCUAUUUCCCAAAGCCAGAUUCCUCGACGCCUUAGCCAUGGUGGAAAAGAUGGGACACAAGAAAAUGAUGCAGUCAGCGCGAGUGGACUGGAUUAAUGAAGGAAAACCAAGGUCGUCAGUACAUGAAGAUUCCAUAUUCGAUGAACCAGAAUUGCCUGCGGGAGAGAAGGACGUUGGAGAAAAGACACCACAAAGAAUUGCGCCGAUAUUUGAAAAGACUUUGACGGAGAGACCCAAAACACCUUCCGGAUCAAAUCUCGAUGAUUUAUUCGACGAUGAUGAUCUAUACGAUGCUACCCCCAAGGCAGCCCAAGCAAAACCGACAGAUUCAGGUAAUCAAUCAACUACAGCUGAGGGUCCAACGAGUAUCUUUGGUUCCAGAAAGGGGACUGCUCCAGAUGAUGAGGUCCCGGAUGACGACUUGGAUGCUUUGUUGGCCGAAGAGGAAAUCAUGCAGAACAGUAAACCUGCAGCUCCUGUGGCGAGACCUGCGGAGCCAGACUUUGCUGAUGAGAUGGAGAUAAUGGAUGAAAUGGGGUGGUAAUGAAUUAUACGGGUUAAAUGAGAAUUUGGCGUUCAAUUGUGCUUAGGUACGGUGCAUUGUAACAUGGCGUUGGGAACAUUUUGAGGCAACUUGUGCUCUCUGAACAUACUAUAGGAGUCCCCAGUAAUUGGGAUAUGAAUAAUGAAUAAUGAAUUAACAUAGCGAAG